AUGUACCGUAUGGUAAGAGUAGCAGAUGCAGAUCAACCACUUCAGCGCAUCUUGUGGAGAAAUUCACCGAACGAGUCAGUGAAAAUUUCCCAGUUGACUACAGUCACAUAUGACACCGCUUCCGCACCAUAUCUCGCCACCAAGUGCCUUCAACGUCUUGCAAGUGAUGGUGCAACCUCGCAUAAAGCAGCAGCGAAGGUAAUCGAGAAGGAAUUUUAUGUCGACGACCUGUUGACGGGCACGGACAGCUUGGAAGAAGGAACCGUUCUCGCAUCAGAACUCAUUGAUCUUACGAGUUCGGCAGGGUUUGAUUUGCGCAAGUGGAGUUCCAAUAGCAUCGAACUUCUUUCGUCUAUUCCUCUCCAUCUCCGAGACGAUCGUACCUUACUGGAACUCGAUUCGUCCAGAUCCACAGUCAAAGCGCUAGGGCUGAUAUGGGAGCCUGGCAAAGACUGUUUUAGAUUUGCUGUAUCGCACUGGAGCACUGAGCCAAUCAUCACCAAACGUAUAGUACUGGCCGACACAGCUCGCAUCUUCGACCCUCUCGGUCUAAUCGGUCCAGUCAUCGUACAGGCUAAAAUUUUCCUCCAAGAACUUUGGAAGCUUAAAUCGGAUUGGGACGAUCCGUUACCAAAAGAGCUUCAGAAUUUCUGGGUCGAGUAUCGAUUGAAUCUAUCCGCUCUCGACACACUCUCAGUUCCAAGAUGA